UGCGUCACUGAAUUUUUUUUUUCUUGCAUUCAUAUCUUGUGUAAUCAAUAAUGGUCACCUUCGUCAUCAAUAGGAAUUUGGAAACAGAUUGUUAGAGAGAGAAGGGUGGGAUCAUUGUCAAUAGUCAACGCAGAUAUGGGUAGGAAGGAGCAUAGGAGAAGAGAAAAUGGAGAGCACACAACAGGACCAAGUCCUCCACCUCUUCCUUUUCUCUCUUCCUCAAUUCCAAAUCCAUUUCUUAUUCGUCUCAGUUUUUCAUUUCAUCAAAUUCCACCAUGAAACUUAUCAUACAACUCUCUUAUAUUUUCCUCUUGUCUACUUCCAUCUCUGCUCGAACCUUUUCGGAUUACGUCAAUCUAAAUUUCACUGCUUCAUAUCUUGAAUUCAUUGGUGAAACCGGCACCUUCUUGUUUUCUCACAAUAAAACAUUCAAGGCUGCUAUAUUCAAUCCUGGUGGUCAACAAACCAGUUUCUACCUUUGUGUCAUCCAUGUUGCUUCCAACACAAUCAUUUGGUCUGCAAACCGUGAUGCUCCCAUCUCAGGUUCUGGUCAAAUGAAUCUAACUGUCAAAGGGAUUACAAUUGCUGAUGAAAAUGGAAAUCCUAAAUGGUCAACGCCGCCGGUGAAGUCACUGGUAUAUAAGCUUGCACUCACUGAGUUGGGAAACCUUGUCUUGCUUGAUCACUCCAAUGGUUCCCUUUGGGAGAGUUUCCAGGAUCCAACAGACACAGUUGUUAUUGGACAGCGUUUGCCGGUUGGAGCUUCGUUGUCAAGCGCGGUAUCCGAUUCGGACUUGUCAAGAGGACAUUACAAUCUCACAAUUUCUGCCUCUGAUGCAAUAUUGCAAUGGUAUGGACAAACAUACUGGAAACUUUCAUUGGAUAAAAAUGCUUAUAAGAAUUCAAAUGAUGAGGUGGAGCACAUGGCCAUCAACAGAACAGGUUUUUAUCUGUUUGGACAUGAUGAAACAGUGCCUGUAUAUCAAGUGGGGUUGCCCCUCACUGAUUUUAGAAUUGCCAAAUUGGCUUCCUCUGGCCAUUUUACAAUUAGCAGCUUUUCAGGAGGUAACUGGAAACAGGAGUUUGUAGGGCCAAGUGGUGCUUGUGAAACUCCUUUAGCUUGUGGCAGGGCAGGUUUAUGUACUCUUAGCACUGUAUCCUCUGCACCUGUUUGCUCUUGUCCUCAAAAUUUCCAUGCAAACUCAGGUAAUUCUGCUGGUUGUGUACCAAGCAAUGGAUCUAAUUCUUUACCCUUUGCUUGUGGUUCUACUGAUUAUAAUAGUCAAUCAAAUUCCUCAGUUGUUUCCUUUUCACAAAUUGGGUAUGGUCUAGAGUACUUUAGCAAUAUUUACUCUGAUCCAGUUCUGGAUGGAGUGAAUUUAACUGUCUGUCAAAAUCUUUGUUCAAGUAACUGUUCCUGCUUGGGAGUUUUCUAUAAGAACUCAUCUGGCUCUUGCUACAUGAUUGAAAAUGCAUUGGGAUCCAUUCAGUCAAGUGAUAAAGGUGAACCAGACGUGUUGAGUUUCAUUAAAAUUAAUGUGGUACCUACAAAAACUACUAAUGAUGAUACUGAUGAUAAGCAAACUUCUAAAAAUGGGGGGUUUCCUAUGGCUGCUUCUGUGCUUUUACCUAUUGCUGGGUUAUUUCUCUUUGCGGCCGUAGUCUUCCUCGUUUGGAGAAGAGUGACAUUGCCGAAGAAAGAAGAAGUGAUAUUAGGAAAAUUCAACUCACAUUCUUCAGAGGACAUGGAUGCCUUCUACAUUCCAGGUUUACCUACAAGGUUUGAAUAUGAAGAACUUGAGGAGGCAACUGAUAAUUUCAAGACUCUAAUUGGAGCAGGUGCUUUUGGUACUGUGUACAACGGUGUGCUUCCUGAUAAGACUGUUGUGGCAGUAAAGAAAAUAAUGAACAUUGGUGUGCAAGGGAAAAAGGAUUUCUGCACUGAGAUUGCUAUUAUUGGAAAUAUUCACCAUGUUAAUUUGGUGAGACUGAGAGGCUUUUGUGCUCAAGGGAGACACCGAAUGUUGGUCUAUGAGUACAUGAAUCGUGGAUCCUUGGAUCGCAGCCUCUUUGGUGGUGGACCUGUUUUGGAGUGGCUGGAGAGGUUGGAAGUAGCUCUUGGAACAGCGCGCGGCCUCGCUUACCUCCACUGCGGAUGUGAGCAGAAGAUCAUUCAUUGUGACAUCAAACCAGAAAACAUUCUUCUGCAAGACCAAUUUCAGGCUAAGAUAUCUGAUUUUGGACUCUCAAAACUCCUUAGUCCUGAACAAUCUGGCUUGUUCACAACAAUGAGAGGCACGCGAGGUUAUCUUGCUCCAGAGUGGCUUACCAAUUCAGCAAUUUCAGAAAAGACUGAUGUCUAUAGUUUUGGAAUGGUGCUGCUUGAACUUGUCAGUGGAAGCAAAAAUUGUUCUUACAAGUCAAGAAGCCAUAGCAUGGAUGACAGUGGUGGCCAUUCAUCAAACUCAUCCACAACAGGAUUGGUUUAUUUUCCACUACUUGCAUUGGAGAUGCAUGAGCAAGGGAGUUACCUGGAGUUAGCAGAUCCAAGGCUUGAAGGACGAGUUACAUGUAAUGAGGUGGAGAAACUUGUUCGCAUUGCCUUGUGCUGUGUUCAGGAAGAGCCGGCACUGAGGCCAAGCAUGACUUCUGUUGUUGGCAUGUUGGAAGGUGGAACUCCAUUGCCGCAGCCUAGGAUAGAAUCUUUGAAUUUCCUUCGCUUUUAUGGCCGUAGGUUUACUGAGGCUUCCAUGAUAGCUGAAGAGAAUGACCGUAGCUCUAUGAUGCCUCAACAGGCACGUAAUUCAACGGACGCAAGAAGAGGUUUACAAAAUGGUUUUUCUUAUAUCUCUUCACAAAGUAUCUCAGGGCCAAGGUAGGAAACUCUGUUUUUUCUUGUCAGAUAUUUAUUGUGUUGAUAUGCAAGUACAUGUAUUUUGGACCUUGUAAAUGAAAUGUAUGAUUCCACAUCAUUCAAGGCUGAAGUAUGCUAGAGUAUACAUUAAUAUUAGCAA